AGCGCCUCGGAGGAGGCGAAGCUGCUGUCGCUGGAGCUGGGGCUGAGCGGCAGCGAUGGCGAGUCCCCGGGCAGCGCCCCGCCGCCGCCGCCCUCGGCCGGAGAGGCGUCGCCGCUGCCCGAGGAGCCCUCGGCCGCCUCCGUGGCCAGCAGCCGCCUGCAGCUCAGCACCUCGCUCGCCUUCUCCGACCUCACCGAGGAGAUGCUGGACGCCGGCACCGACGGGCUGCUCCGCGAGCUGGAGGACUUGCGCUCCGAGAACGACUAUCUCAAGGAUGAGAUCGAGGAGCUGCGCGCCGAGAUGCUGGAGAUGCGGGAUGUCUACAUGGAGGAGGACGUGUACCAGCUGCAGGAGCUGAGGCAGCAGCUGGACCAGGCCAGCAAGACGUGCCGCAUCCUGCAGUACCGGCUGCGCAAGGCCGAGCGCCGCAGCCUGCGCGUGGCACAGACCGGCCAGGUGGACGGAGAGCUCAUCCACAGCCUCGAGCAGGACGUCAAGGUGGCCAAGGACGUCUCAGUGAGGCUCCACAAUGAGCUGGAAGUGGUGGAGAAGAAGAGGAUCCGGCUGGAGGAGGAGAACGAGGAGCUGCGCCAGCGGCUCAUCGAGACAGAGCUGGCCAAGCAGGUGGUGCAGAACGAGAUGGACAAGCUCAGAGAGAACUCCCUGAAGAAGCGGAGCUCUCGCUCCUUGGGCAAGACUGAGAAGAAGCCAUCAGUGCAGGAGGACAGCGCAGACCUGAAGUGCCAGCUGCAUUUUGCCAAGGAGGAAUCAGCCCUGAUGUGCAAGAAGCUGACCAAGCUGGCCAAGGAGAACGACGGCAUGAAGGAGGAGCUGCUGAAGUACAGGUCCCUCUAUGGUGACCUGGACAGCUCCCUGUCCGUGGAGGAGCUGGCUGACUCCCCCCAUUCCCGCGAGGCCGAGCUGAAGGUCCACCUCAAGCUGGUGGAGGAGGAAGCCAACAUCCUGAGCAGGAGGAUAGUGGAGCUGGAGGUGGAGAACCGCGGGCUGCGGGCGGAGAUGGACGACAUGAAGGGCCAGGGGGACAGGGAGCUGCCGGGGCAGGACGCGCGGUUCCUGGCGGGCGUCUCCGGGGACGCGGGGGACACGGUGGCCGAGCUGCGGCGGCACCUGCAGUUCGUGGAGGAGGAGGCCGAGCUGCUGAGGCGCUCGCUGCUGGAGCUGGAGGACCAGAACAAGCUGCUCCUGAGCGAGCUGAGCAAGUACAAGUCGGAGCACGAGCUGGACGUGACGCUGUCGGAGGACAGCUGCUCGGUGGUCAGCGAGCCCUCGCAGGAGGAGCUGGCCACGGCCAAGGUGCAGAUCAGCGAGCUCAGCGGCAAGGUGAAGAAGCUGCAGUACGAGAACAGGGUGCUGCUCUCCAACCUGCAGCGCUGCGACCUGGCCUCCUGCCAGAGCACCCGGCCCAUGCUGGAGACCGAUGCCGAGGCCGGCGACUCGGCGCAGUGCGUGCCCACCGCCGGCUGGAGGGACGGUGUGGGCAGCGGCGAGGCUGACGGGCAGGACAGGGGGCUGGGCACCGGGAAGGUGCCCGAUGGCCCUGCCAAACUGCUCAAGCCCAAGGACCUGGAGACCUUGCUGGGCAUCCGGGACCAGGCGACGCUGGUCAGUAAAGCGAUCGACGUGUUGAUUUCGGAUGCCAACGGGUUCACGGCGGGGCUGAAGGCGUGCUUGGACAAUGAGUGUGCGGGGGUGCUGCUGGGCGAGGCGGUGGGCAGCGGUGGUGACAGCCCCAGCGAUGCCAAGCUGAUGAACGUGCUGCUGAUGAGGCUGGGCGUGCUCCAGCAGGACCUGGGCUGCUUCGUGAGGAAGGUGGACCACCUCACCGGUGGCUUCAAGGAGCACACGGACUCGUUCCCCUUCUCCAGCCCCAGCAGCCACGAUGUCACCAAAGAGCAUGUCUCUGACUUCCAGCAGCCUGAUUUUAGGGACGCCGACCCUUUCCGCAUCCCCCACGCCAAGGACACGGACCCCACCCACGCCCGGAGCUACAAACCCUGCCGGGCUGAGGAGAACGACUCCUACGCCACCGAGAUGAAGGAGCUGCAGCUGGUGCUGUCCGAGGCCAACGAGAGCCUGCGGGGGCUGCAGGAGCAGCUCUCACAGGAGAGGCAGCUGAGGAAGGACGAGGUGGACAACUUCUCACAGAAGAUCUGCCAGCUGAAGGAGGACCACCAGAAAGCACUGCUGCGGCGGGAGUUUGAGCUGCAGAGCCUCAACCUGCAGAGGCGGCUGGAGCAGAAGUUCUGGAGCCAGGAGAAGAACCUGCUGGUGCAGGAGUCCCAGCAGUUCAGGCAGAGCUUCCUCCUGCUCUUCAUGAAGCUCAAGUGGUUCCUCAAGCGCUGGCGCCAGGGCAAGGUGGUGCACAAUGAGGGCGAGGACUUUCUGGAGGUGAACAGCAUGAAGGAGCUGUACCUGCUGCUGGAAGAGGAGGAGCUAGCCCCACAGCAACAGGCAGACAACAAGAUGUGUGCUGGGGACACCUGGACUCCCAACACGCCCAACGAGUGCAUCAAGACUCUGGCAGACAUGAAGGUGACCCUGAAGGAGCUGUGCACGGAGCUGCGGGAGGAGCGGCGCGGUGCCAGCGAGCUGCAGCAGCAGUUCACCAAGGCCAAGGCUGCCUGGGAGAUGGAGCGUGCUGAGCUCAAGUGCCACAUCGCCCAGCUGGAGUCAAAGGCAGGCAAAGGGAUCGCAGAGCGUGCACUGCCAGACUGGAAGGUGGCACUGAAGCGGGAGCGUGAGGAGCACCAGCAUCUCCUGGCUGAGUCCUACAGCGCUGUCAUGGACCUCACCAAGCAGCUGCAGAUCAGCGAGAAGAACUGGAACCAGGAGAAGGUGGAGCUGCUGGCUCGCUUCAAGGAGGAGCAGCAGCAGGCAGAGCAGCAAGCCAAGGACCUGCAGAACAAACUCAACCAGUUGCAGAAAGGAUCCAAUCCAUGGGCAUUGAAGCACUCUGAAAUGGAGAAGCACGGCAGCAACUGGAAAGAGGUUCUCAAUGAGAAAAUCACAGACAAGGAGACAAUCUCUGAAGCAGAAGCCAAGGGAACCAACCUCAAAAGGACCAAGUCUGUUUCCUCCAUGUCAGAGUUUGAAAGCUUGCUCGACUGUUCACCCUACCUCUCUGGAAAGACCAUGCCAGGGCUGGGUGACCAUGCCCGGUGCAAAAAGUCAUCCUCAACCACCCAGAUGCUGCCCAACGGGAUCCGGGACAGCGCCAGCCUCCCUCCCUCCAACUGUACAUAUGUGAAUAUCGAACAACCUGUCCCCGACAGCCUGGCCAAGGAGAAGCUGGGCAUCUCCUCCUGGGACUACUCACGGGCAAGCAGCCUCUCUGGGCACGACCCAGCUCAGAAACAAAUCCAGAGGAGCUACACGGCCCCCGACAAGACAGGGAUCCGCAUCUACUACAGCCCGCCGGUGGUGCGGCGGCUGGAGGCGCCGCUGGUGCACAACAAGGAGGGCAAGAUCAUGAUCGAGCCCGGGUUCCUGUUCACCAUGGCCAAGCCCAAGGAGCCGGAGGAGUCGGCCAGCGCCGAGGGCACCUACAGCCAGUGGCUGUGCAACUUCUCCAAGCAGCAGCAGGAGCUGCUGGAUGGUGGCACGGGGGAGAGCGCCGUGCCGCCGGUGCCGCGUUUCCCCUCUUCGCUGCACGACCUGGAGAUCUCUGGCAACAUGAGCGACGACAUGAAGGAGAUCACCAACUGCGUGCGCCAGGCCAUCCGCUCCAGCUCGCUCGAGAGGAAGGUGAAAAGCACCUCCAGCCAGACCGUGGGGCUGGCCCACGUGGGCACACAGACCAUCCAGACGGUGAGCGUGGGCCUGCAGACCGACCUGCCCCGCGGCGCUGGCAUGCACGGCAAGAGCUGGUCCCCGCGCAGCUCCUCGCUCGUGUCCGUGCGCAGCAAGCAGAUCUCCUCCUCCCUGGAUAAGGUCCACUCCAGGAUCGAGCGGCCGUGCUGCUCCCCAAAAUACGGCUCUCCAAAGCUCCAGAGGAGGUCUUCCUCCAAGCUGGACGCCUCCAAGGACAGGAGCCUGUGGAACUUGCACCAGAGCAAGCAGAACGGCUCUGCCUGGGCCCGCUCCACCACCACCCGCGACAGCCCCGUCCUCAGCAACAUCAACGAUGGCCUGUCCAGCCUGUUCAGCGUGGUGGAGCACGCGGGCAGCACCGAGUCCAUCUGGAAGCCGGGCUGCCCUGAGAGCAGCCGGGCCAAGCCCGAAGCACCCAAGUACGGCCUCGUGCAGGAGUUCUUCAGGAACGUCUGCGGGCGGGCACAGAGCCCCACUGCCCCCCAGGAGAAGAAGGAGGCGACCGGGGAAGAGAGCAAGAGAGCUGAGCACCCCAGCCCCACCACCCACCACGAAAACAUCUCCCGUGUCUUGAACAAGAAGGUCCUCAAGCAGGGCAGCUGCGAGGACCCCAAGCCCUCGUCCCCUGGCCAGGGCAGUAAGGACGCAGCCCUGCGGGACCCCGACCUCAUCUCGGCCCUAGCCAGCGAGGACACGGCGUGUGACUGCAGCUCCCAGUCCCUCACCUCGUGCUUUGCCCGGCCGUCCCGCUCCGUGGUCCGCCACUCCCCCUCCAAGUGCAAACUGCACCCCGCGGAGCCCCCCAGGGCGGAGGAGAAGCCGGGGGCCUCGAGUGAGUGAGGACGGGGGGCCGGGGGACGCAGCGUGCCUGCCAUCCACUGUCCUGCCGGAAGAGCGCCCGCGCUGAGCCCGCGGGGCCCCUCGCGGAGGCGGCGCGGGCUCAUCUGUCUCCUAAACGUCCCCUCGGCCCCGGGGACGCUUACGAAGCAGAUGUGGAGCCAGAGGUAGCCCCGGGGUGCGGGGACACCCUGGCAGGGUGGCUGCAUCACCUCCUGCCUGUGCAGAGACGGCACGGGGGCAUCCUGGCUGGUGCCACCGCGCCGGGAGUGUCAGCGAGACCCUGCUGUGCCGAGGGCUGAGAAAGGGAGAGCAGCCAGGGGAGGCUGCUGCUGUCGAUAGGGAGGGCUGGGCCGCUGUAGGGGUGAUGCUGCAGCCACCCCGCGGAUGGAGGGUGCUGGUGCUGGCUGUGGCUGCAGCAUCCUGCCCAUCCCGGGCCCGUUGCCCGAUUGCUGUGCGGUUGCAUCAGCCGCGGGCUGAGCGUGCUUCCCCGGCAGGAAGGAGGAGGGAGGCUCCCUGUGCUCACCCGGGCUGGGCUGGCUGGGGGCCCUCCUCGGCCACCCUCCUGCUCUUGGGGUGCUGCUGAGGCCCUUGGCUGCUGGCAGGGGUCCGGGUGGUCCCCGGGCUCCUCCAGCUGCAGGUUGGGAUCGCUGGGUGCACAGCGUGGGGAGAGGUGGCCUGUGCUUCUGUGUGUGUGUGCACAUCCCCUGCUCCCAAGGGGUUGUGAUGCCCCUGCCUUGCACCCACCUCCCUGCUUGGGGCCACUUGCAGUUAUUUCUUCUCCAAGUGCUGAAUAUACAUAUUUCUCUUUUUUUUUUUUUUUUUUUUUUUUUUUUUUUUUUUUUUUUUUUUGUUUCUCCACUUCUGGCCCUGCCCAACUCCGGACAGCCUGCAAUGUAAAACCAAGUGCAUUUUAAAAAUACCGAAAUGAGCUACUUUGGAGAGGCACCAAUUGGAUUAAGAGAUUGUGGUUUGGGAGGCUGCAGCGUGGCCCAUGGUCUGCGCCGCACGUCCCUCUGUCACCACCAGAAAAAGCCUUACCCAGGGAGGGAGGGGGCAGCAGCCACAGCCCCCACAGCACUGCAGAGCUCCUGGGGCUGGGGGACUGCGACCCAGUCCCACUCAGAGCAGCCUUGGUGCCCCUGUGCAGCUCCAGGAGAGAACAGAGAUUUCUGAGGCAGCUGCCUGACCUAUUUUCCAGCCGCCUGCCAGGGGCCAGGCAGGGAUUCACCCAGAUGGAGCUGCCUGCAGGUGCCUGGGGCUCAACGCAUUGCUCUGGGGCUGUGUGCCUUGUUCUGGGGGCUCUGUGCACGGCUCCAAGGGCUCUGCAUUGCCCCAGGGGCUCCAUCCACUGCUCCCAGGGCUCUGCAUUGCUCUGGGGCUCUGCACAGUGCUCCAGGGGCUCUGUACGCUGUUCCAUGGGCUCUGUGCAUCGCUCUGGAGCUCUGUACACUGCUCCCAGGGCUCUGUGCAUAUCUCCAGGAGCUCUGUACACCACCCCAAGGGCUCUGUGGAUCGCUCUGGAGCUCUGUACACCGCUCCCAGGGCUCUGUGCAUCGCUCUGGAGCUCUGUACACCACCCCAAGGGCUCUGUGCAUUGCUCUGGAGCUCUGUACACCACCCCAAGGGCUCUGUGCAUUGCUCUGGAGCUCUGUACACCGCUCCCAGGGCUCUGUGCAUUGCUCUGGAGCUCUGUACACCACCCCAAGGGCUCUGUGGAUCGCUCUGGAGCUCUGUACACCGCUCCCAGGGCUCUGUGCAUUGCUCUGGAGCUCUGUACACUGCUCC